AUACCAUUGACCAUUCACAGGGAGAAGGUGAAUCCAGCGUCUGGGGGACUCCUCUGUCUGUCUGCUGGUGCUGGCAACCUGAUCGACUAGCAUCACCAACGCCCAUAAAGUAGCAAUAUACAGGAAAUAGACCUAGCUGCUAGAAGAAGAGUCGUCUUUUUCCGCUACAUCCGACCGGCACGAUUGUUUCACUGCAGUGGUAGUGAUUUGGAGUGAAGCCUAUUGUAUAACGUUAUCAGUUAUAGUUGUCUGAUGCAUAACGUCAACUGCACAAGUUAGCUGCUUUAUUACUGUGUAGCUAGCUCUCUCUGAUUUGGACCGAUACAACGUUGACUUCGUCUUUUUUUGGCUGCUGUCUAACGUUAUACGAAAAAUGGCAACCCAAAUCGAUAAAGAUGCUUGCAGAGAGGCUUACAACCAAGUCAGAGACGAUAACACGGACACCAACUGGGCUGCUUUUAAAUAUGACGGCUCUAUGAUCCUGCCUGCAGGACAAGGGACUGACUAUGAGGACUUCAAGAGCAUGUGCACAGAUGACUGUCGUCUGUUUGGUUUUGUCCGGAUCACAACGGGAGACACCAUGAGCAAACGGGCCAAGUUCACUCUCAUCACCUGGAUUGGUGAGAACGUCAGUGGGCUGCAGCGCGCCAAGAUCAGCACCGACAAAGCGCUGGUCAAAGAGAUUGUGCAGAACUUUGCCAAGGAGUUCACGUUUAGUGAGCUGAGGGAACUGGAUGCAGACAACAUCCUCACAGAGCUGAAGAAGGCUGGUGGAGCCAACUAUGAUGCUCAGGCCGAGUAGAGAAGUGCCAUGGUCCACUGGAAGGGUUGGGGUUGGGGUUAGAGGGUGUUGGGUGUGAUUAGGGUGGGGUAUUUUGGAGUAAGUGGGAGCAGGGGGGGUUUGGGCAGGGCUGCUACCUCUUGGAGAGAGGGCAGGGUGCGAUGGAGAAAAAGGGAAAUUCUCACAUAAACAAAGCAGAGGUUCACCAAGAGCAGUUUGUAGAACCAGUGUAAGCCUUUCAAAUACUGAUCAAUUAAAAAUGCCCAAUAAUGGUUUAUUAGAAAUCAGAACAUUCUUUUUCCCCCCACUAGUUUAACAGCUAUUAAUUUACUCUCAACAACAGUUUCAGAAUAGAUAUAAACACAUGUAGUUACUGAGAGAACUGGCACAGUUCCAAGGAGUUCAGGUGCUAUUGGUGCACCUCAAAAAUUAUACCAUUGGCAUUAGGGUGUGUUUAUAUGCUUGAUUUUCAAAAAGUGUGUGUGAGCUGAAUCUUUCACAUGCUUGUUUGCAUCGGUUUGUGUAUGUGGAAGAUUAAAAAGUACAUUCCCAGUACAUCUGGGGGCAGAUCAGGACCAAUUUAUCCUUAUCGUUGGGCGAAUAUCCUCCAAGAGACUUUGCACACAUAAAGAAAACUUGACAAGAUGAAACUCAAGGACGUUAAUGUGUUGUUAAAAGAAUACUUUAGGAAAUUCUUGCUUAGCUAAGCUAAGUGGCUGCUGGCUGUAGCUUCGUAUUGAACGGAGAGAUAUGAGAGUGGUAUCGACCUUCUCAUCUACCUAAAAUAAACAAGAAUGCAAAAAAAGCACACUUCCCAAAAUGUCAGACAUUCCCUUUAAGGCCUGGUCUAGUCCAGAAAUGGACUGACAGUGGGCAUUGAUGUGGCCUGUUACUAUACUGGGUGUCUGCAUACACUGAAGUGUCUACACUGGCAGUGAUUUCUGAGGAUGCGCACAAUCAACACAAACGUAGACUCUGCAAAGUAGCCAUCAUGCACACACAGAUGCAUAGUUAAAAGCAAGCAUAUAAGCACUCUUAAAGAUCACAAACUGCCCUCUCUUCUUCUAGCCUCUGCCCUCUCCCCAGUCAGCUCAUGGUUGGUUAUCUACUGUGCUGUGCAUCAACAUCUCACGCUCAUCUUCAUCUCAGCUGGGCUGCAGUUGAGCAAUAGGAAGUUUCAUCAAGGCUUCAGCACUGUUUGCACGGAAUAAUGUCAUGUAAUGAGGAUGGAGAAAAAAACUAAGGGUUUCACUUCAAAACUGCUCAUCACGGGUCAUGUUGUAAGAAGGAGUUUGCUGACGAGAAUACCAUUUUGAAAUGAACCUCUUUACUUGCAGGCAUGUGUUUAACACCAGAGCAUGCUCUUAGUCAUGAUACACUGUACCUCCAGGAGGAAAUGAUCUCCAUUGUCUAACAAUAUCCUUGGUAAUGGUUGCUGGCUUGCUUUGAGUAAUCUUGAGUCAUACUGCUAAGUACACAUUAAACCACCUCUUCAUCUCCAGCCAGACAGCUGUGUUUGGAUUACAGCCUCAAGUUAACCAUUACAUCUUACCCUGAGACAGACUGUAAUUCACCCUGCUGUCUUUAUACUUGUGCUCUGUGCUGUGAAUCCCUUUUAUCAUAUGUCUAAACAUGUCUUUUUGUGAGUGGGAUUAUUUCUGAACCUUAUUUAGAUCUACUUUUUACUUUCUCCUUCCAGUUUUUGCUAGACAUGAUCAAUGUUAGCAGUUUCCAGAGCUUAUUAUAUUAUAGCGUAGAAAUACAGAGAAACAACUAAUAUAUUGAACCCUAAGCAGCACUUCUGUUUCCCAAAAUCAAAAAAGGAUUCUGAGAAUGGAGAUCUUUUCCUCUGGUGUUUCAUCUCACGGUCUACCACUUAAAGGUAUCCAUGCCUACUAUAACCUACUGUGUUUGACUGCCUUAGCCUCCCAGGGAGAGAGGGGCAUCAUGGGAGCUUGUGAACACUACACUGUGAUUGGCUAUUGCUCUUACAUGGGGGUGGGACUUUGAUCUGCUCAUGGCUCAUCACAACGUGGGCCAGGGCUUAUCGUCCAAACCCAGGAGGAGCCAUUUCUCGGUUGUAGCAUCUCAGUUUAUUUAGUUUCAACCCUCUCUUCCCCCUGCAAAAAAAUAUGUAUGUUUUCUUGUACCUUUUUUUUGUUUUUGAAAUGAAUUUUAUUUUCUCUUAAGAAUUUUACCUUUUGAUUUUAUUUUUAAGAGCAUUGUUAUCUUGGACAUUGGCAGAAGAGAUUUUCAAAAAAAUAAUGGAAAAAAAAGAAAAAGAAAGAAAACUGAGUGGGCACAAGAUCAGUCAUUUCAAAAUAAAAAUUGAUGUUUUUUCCAAAAA